AUGUCGUACCAGUACUCGCAUCAAGAUCACGGCCACCCACCUCUUCCCCCUGGCUGGAUCGCCGAAUGGGAGCCCCGGGAGCAGCAGUACUUAUUCGUUGACCAGCGCACCGGACAGAAACAAUGGCACCAUCCUGAAAUGCCGCCUCAGGGAGGUUACGAUGACCGUUCGCGUGGUUACGGUGGCCCUCCGCCAUCAGGACCUGGAGGCUACGGACAUGGCCCUCCAGGUGGUCGUCCACCUCCAGGAUAUGGCAGCCCGGCACCUCCUGGGUAUGGAAGCCCUGCACCUCCAGGGUAUGGUAGCCCCGCACCUCAGGGCUAUGGUGGUCCUCCACCUCCAGGGUAUGGAGGGCCACCCCAAGGAGCGUAUGGGGGGUCGCAGCAUGGUUACGGUAGUCCGCCGCCACAGGAGGAAAAGAAGAACCACAAUUUGGCCUAUGGUAUAGGUGGUGGUCUCCUCGGUGCAGCUGCCGGAGCUUGGGCGAUGCACGAAUAUGAUGAGCAUAAGGAAAAGGAGCGAGACGAAGAACGCCGCGAAGAAGAGGCGGAGCGCCGUCAGCGCGAGGAAAACGAGGAGCGCAACUUGGAACGAGAGCGUGAACAGCUUUAUGAGCAGCAGCGCGAGGUACAGCGCGAGCGUGAGUACGAACAAAAUCGCCAAGAGGCAGACUUUGAGCGAGAGCGUCGUUUAGAAGAUGAACAGCGGUAUGAGGAGCGCCGCUACGAUGAAGAGCGUCGUUAUGAAGACGAACGACAUGAUGAGUACGAAGAGCGGAGAUAUGAAGAGCGGUGGUGA